AUGAAAUAUUAUGCUAAUUUUUCUUUCUUUUUUAAUUAAGAUGCUGUUUGGACCUUUAAUAAAUUUAUCACUGAAUUUCCAGAAGACUAAAUCAUUUUAUUAGAAUCAGAUUUUUAUAAUGAAUUAAUAAAUAUGAAUAGUGAGGAAUUUGAUAAGCCUUAGAUUGUAUAAAUAGAUAAGAGUUUAAUGGAGUAAUAGUUUUAAUUUGUAGAAUUAAAUAAACAAAAACGAAAUUAUUCUUAAGAAUAUUUAAGAUUGAUAAAUUUUACAAUUUAUACAUAAGAAAUAACUUUAGGAUAAUUGGCAAAACUAUUGAUUUCUAAUAAAUAUGUUGAUUAAUUAGAAUUAAAAAUAUAUUCUAAAUAUUGUAAUCAAUAUAUAAUUGAAUCAGGUAGAAUAUUUGGAGUGCCUUUAGUAUUUUAUGAUAAAUAAGAUUUGGAGCAUAAACAUUCAUUAUAUUUAGUUGAUUAUUGUAUUGAUUGUUAAUGGUUUUAAUUGUAUAGAAAAAUAAGAUUAUCUUCAGAAGUAAAUAAAUAAUUUUUAUUGAUAUUGUUUUCUAAAGAUGGAGAAAUUGUUAAUACAAAAAAAAUUUAGAAUUAUAAAUGA